AUGUGGGCUGCUUAUGUUUUUUUAAUCAUUGGAAGCGAUAGCAAGUUCAAGAAGAUCUGUGUAUUCUGUGGAAGCCACCCGGGUAACAGGAAAGUCUUCAGUGAUGCUGCUAUUGAGUUGGGCAAUGAAUUGGUUAAUAGGAAGAUAGACUUGGUGUAUGGGGGAGGAAGUGUUGGGUUAAUGGGGCUAAUUUCUCUGAGAGUCUAUGAUGGUGGCUGCGAUGUUCUUGGAGUCAUUCCAAAAGCUCUUGUUCCUAUUGAGAUAUCAGGGGAAACCGUUGGAACCGUAAGAAUUGUUUCCGACAUGCAUGAGCGUAAAGCUGAAAUGGCUAGGGAGGCAGAGGCCUUUAUUGCUCUUCCAGGAGGAUAUGGAACCAUGGAAGAGUUGUUGGAAAUGAUAACGUGGGCACAACUAGGAAUUCAUAAAAAGCCGGUUGGUUUGCUCAAUGUGGAUGGAUACUAUAACUCUUUGCUCACAUUAUUUGAUAAAGGUGUUGAAGAAGGAUUCAUCAAGCCAGGUGCUAGGGACAUUGUACUUUCGGCCCCUACAGCAAAUGAGCUUUUAACAAAAAUGGAGUUAUAUACUUCUUACCACGACCAUGUCGCCCCACACGAAAGCUGGCAGAUGGAGAAACUUGGGGAUUACCCAACGGAGCGCAAGUCGUAA